AUGGCGCACGACACAAUCACACCGGCCGAGCUGCUUGAGUUGGCCCGUGAGAGUCCAAUUCGAAGCCUUGAGGCUCUCCAGCAGACACUCCCACUCCGUCAAGAACCCGGGAAAUGGAAUUCGGUUGAUCAAUCGAGCUAUCCACCGAUUGGGCACGAGAACGGAACUGAGGGUGUGAACGGUACCCAGUCGUCAACGCGAAAGCGCCGCGGGCGACCAGCUAAGAAGCCAACACCUCAGCCACCUGAGGAGGCUCUUUCGCCUUUGUCUAACGAGGAGGAAAGCACGAAGCGGAUAAGACUGUCCAGCCCGAUUGAAGAGGUCUCCAAUCCCAAUCCUGGGGACCAGCCUUCUCCCAAACCUUUUACUUCGGAUAACACUCUUAUUCUCUUCCAGGCUGGGCUGGUCAAUGAAGUCGUUAGCAGUACCCAAAAUUUUACCAGGCUCUGGAGACAAAUUAGGGAUAUUCAUCAAGAACUAACCGACGUACUUCAGACACUGAGUGAGCCACUCCAGAGGCUUCAGGACAUGCAAAAGGAUGUCCAGAAGAUCCAGAAGGUGCAAAGCGAGGUUCAGAGGAUCAUGACUUUUCUACAUGGUAGCUAA